AUGCCGAGCCGUGUCCUCGACGACCAGGCCAGCCCGACUUAUCGGCACGGGACCUCCGAGAGGAGGGUCCGAGAGGAGGAAGAGGAACGAACCCGGUGCUUGUUGUCAUUUUUGCCACAGUCUGCGUCUACGGAUGUCUUCAUCAGCUCGUUUGCCUUGCCUUGCAUCGAAUCGCAGCAUCUCUCGACCGUUACUGAUCGAUUAUCGACCCGGUUUUUUCUUGAAAAGCAUUCCGUCAUCAUCUGGUACCCCGGCCUUCGUGUUCCGACUGGUUCUGCUCGCGACUCUGUUUCGUUUCUGGUCGACUCAGCCCAUAUUAUGGGCUGCUGGCAUCCGGGCUGGACCCUGGUCCGGGCCAUCUAUUCACCCAUAUGGGGCUGCUCGACGGGAGUGACAGCAUCCGGACGUGCGGCGACGGCGCUCAGACGUUGCAGGCCCAGGCCCAGCCUUGCUGUCCUCGUCUCGACUCCCUCCUCGUCUUGUCCCUCCUCGUCUCGUGGCAAGAAGACGACGACGGUGGUCCGGCUCCAGGACCUGCCGCAGGGCGUCCUCCUGCCCGACGAGACAGCGGUCAAGCCUCUGUCCGGCGGUCGGACUGGCAGGAGGACCAGGAAAGGCGGGACUUUCGACAGGCUGUCUGCCCAGUCUGCCCAGUCUCCAGCGUCUGGCCAGUCGGCGCAGGCGGUCCAGCCAGCUGUGCUGUCGGGCCGGGCUGCCCAAUCUGCCCAUAGCGAGGACAGCGUCGAGGACGAGCCUGUCUACCCUACGGUCAUCCUGCAGGCCCGCCGCAACAUGCACCGGUUCGCCAACUGCAUCCUGCUGACGCGCGUAGGUGGCUUCUACGAGAUGUACUUUGAGCAUGCCCAGGAGUUCGGUCCUCUGCUCAACAUCAAGGUCGCAUCCAAGAAAACCAAUGCUGGUCCCGUGCCUAUGGCGGGCUUCCCCUUCUUCCAACUGGACCGCUUUCUCAAAAUCCUCGUGCAUGACCUCAACCGCUACGUAGCCAUCUCGGAAGAGUUUCCCAACUCGGCGGCCGACAAGGUCCGGUCGGGCGGCCUGAUGCACGACCGGCGGGUGGCUCGCAUUGUCACUCCUGGGACGCUAAUCGACGAGAAUUUCAUGGAUCCCUACACAAACAACUACGUUAUGGGCAUCCAUGCAGAUGCAGAUGCAGAUGCGCCAGGACAAAGUGCUACGAUGCCAAGCGCGAGUAGUGCCACCUCAUCUCCAAUGACUGUUGCUAGUCCCAAAUCUGUAUCUGUCGGCCUGGCCUGGCUGGAUCUGUCGACCGGACACUUUUACACACAGGCCACGACGCUAUCGGCCGUGGGCUCUGUCCUGUCACGUGUGGCUCCUCGCGAAGUUGUGUUAGACGAGCAGCUGCAGCUGCGGCGGGAUGUCCACCCGCUCUUUCCCAUCCUGGAAGACGACCGCCAGCAGCAGCAAGUCGUGACGUUUGCCCCGCCUGCAGAAGGAGCAGAAGGCCAAGCGUCCGGCAGCAGCCUGGACUCGCUGUCCGACUGGGCUCACGUGCUCGAGUCGGAAAUCCCAGCUUCUGACGCGAACACGUUCACGGCCCCAGAGAUUGCGGCCGGCAGCCUGCUGUUGCGCUACGUGCGGGACCGUCUCCAGGGCCUGACGAUGAAGCUGCAGCCGCCAGUGCGAUACGAGGACGUGCAGGCGAUGACUAUUGACAAGAACACCAUGCGGUCGCUCGAGAUCAAGCAGACGCUGCGGGACGGCCUUUUUCGCGGCAGCCUGCUGCAUGCCAUUCGACGAACGGUGACCAAGAGCGGGGCGAGGCUGCUGAACGAAUGGCUGAGCGCGCCCUCGACGUCGCUCGAGCUCAUCGAGGCUCGCCAGAACCUGGUUUCCCGCUUUCUCGAGGACGAGCCUCUCCGAGACGACACCACCCUUCUGCUGCGGAAGAGCUACGACUCUCACCGCCUCGUGCAGAAGUUUGCCCUCGGUCGGGGCGACCCCGACGACCUGCUCGACCUGGCCAAGACCGUCUCGGCCACCCAGGAUAUUGUGGGCUUACUACGUCAUGCGGCCUCUGCGCCUGCUGACUGUCUCCAUGCCAUUGCGGACCGAAUCAGUCUUGAGCGGCCACUCGCCAUUGCCCAGCGCAUCCGGGAAUCAGUCGAUGAGGAGGGCCUGAUGCACCAGCAUGCGAUAGAGGCGAGCGAGGCCGACGUUUUGAUGACCCUGGCUGAGGAAGCCGAGGAGGCCGACCGCUCCCUGCCCGACGACCGCUCCAUCCUACGCAAGAAGGCCAAAAAAGCCAAGACAGGGGCUAAGGCUGUCAAGGCCGCCACAGCUGCGACAACAGCCACAGCCACAGCCACCGCCACGUCUGCGUCCCGGAGAAAGACGCCCUCGCUGCGCGACUACUAUGGCGAGGACAGUGAGGCCUGGGUGAUGAAGCCGUCGGCGAGCUCGGCUCUGGCCGUGCUGCACGCCCAACUGGCCGACCUGACGGCCGAGCGGGUCACGCUGACCGAAGAACUGCGCCACCGUCUGCAGGCGCCGAGCCUGGUGCUCAAGUGGACGCCGGGCCUGGGGCACAUCUGCCAUUUAAAGGGACGGGCGGCCUCGAGGGCCAGCAGCAGCAGCAGCAGCGAUGACGGCGAGGACACGCCAGCACAGACACACACGACGAUCUCGUCUAGCCGGACAACGCGGUCGCUUCACGUGCCCGAGUGGACGGCACUGGGCCAGAGGCUCGACCAGGUGCGACUGCACAUCCGGGCCGAAGAGCAGCGCGUGUUCCAGGCGAUCCGCGAGACGGUGGUGCGCAGUCUGGUGCCGCUGCGACGCAACGCUGCCGUGCUGGACGAGCUCGACAUUGGCACGUCGUUUGCGCGGUUGGCCCUCGAGCAGAACCUCUGUCGGCCCCGUCUGCAUCGCGGCACGACCACGGCCAUUGUUGGCGGCCGUCACCCGACGGUCGAGGGCGGGCUCGCCGAGCAGGGCCGAUCGUUUGCGCGCAACGACUGCUUCGUGAGGGGGGUUGAGGACGCAGCUGCCACCACUGCCACCACAUCCUCACACGGUAGCCUCUGGCUCAUAACCGGCCCCAACAUGGCGGGAAAGUCGACGUUUCUGCGGCAGAACGCGCUCAUCACGAUCCUCGCCCAGGUUGGCUGCUUCGUGCCGGCCGAACAGGCUGACCUGGGCCUCGUGGAUGCGCUCUUCAGCCGUGUUGGCUCGGCCGACAACCUCUUCCGCGACCAGAGUACGUUCAUGGUCGAAAUGCUCGAGACGGCACACAUCCUGCGCGCGGCAACACCGCGCAGCUUUGUCAUCAUGGACGAGAUUGGCCGCGGCACCACGCCUGAGGACGGCACAGCAGUUGCCUUUGCCGCCCUGCACCACCUCGUGCGCGUCAACCGGUGCCGGACGCUGUUUGCGACACACUUUCACGGCUUAGCCAACCUGGCGGCCGCCGAAGGCAUGAUUUCCGGCGGCAGCAGCAACGGACCGGUGGAAACGUACUGCACCGACGUCGAAGAGGACGGCCGAGGCGGAUUCGCUUACGUCCAUCGUCUGCGCAGGGGCGUCAACCGGCAGAGCCAUGCGCUCAAGGUGGCCCGGAUGGCCGGCAUGCCGGAGCAGGCUAUACGGGUUGCAGAGGAGGUGCUGGCGCAGAAACGGACAGCCGGCCAGGUGCAGGCUGUUGCGUGA